UUUGUUUUGGCGCGAAUUACUCAGAUUGAGGCUUUUCGUGGGGAUUACCGGAUUACCGCAUUUUCAGCCCCCGCACCACCGCACUGGUUGAAUUAAUAACUUCACUGAAACUUGGUGACAGGUUGUUUUCGCCAAAAUGAUAGGACAGAAGACCAUUAACUCGUUUUUUUCACCUGUCUCCAAAAAGAGACUUUCUCAGGAUUUAAAUGAAGAAGAAGAGGAUGCUAAAGACCCGAAGAAGCCAAAGUCCUCGGCGUCGGAGGCAGAGUCGUCCACCCUGACUCCUGCUCCUCUGUCCCCGGAGCAGCUUGACAGGAUCGCCCGAAACAAGAAGGCGGCGCUGGAGAAGCUUUCUUCAGCUCAAACACCUCCAGGAUUCGGGGAGAGCUGGAAAGAGGAACUGGCGGCUGAGUUUAGAAAACCUUACUUUAAACAGUUGAUGAGUUUUGUUACUGAAGAGAGAAAACGCAACACCGUGUACCCACCUGCUGAGCAAGUUUUCACCUGGACUCAGAUGUGUGAGAUCCGAGAUGUGAAAGUUGUGAUUCUUGGACAGGAUCCAUAUCAUGGUCCUAAUCAAGCCCAUGGACUGUGCUUCAGUGUUAAAAGACCAGUGCCUUCUCCUCCCAGUUUGGAGAACAUGUACAAAGAACUGGUGACGGACAUUGAGGGCUUUAAGCACCCUGGACAUGGAGAUCUGACUGGAUGGUCCAGACAGGGUGUGCUGUUGCUCAACGCGGUGUUGACUGUCCGAGCCCACCAGGCAAACUCCCACAAAGACAAAGGUUGGGAGACAUUCACUGACUCUGUGGUGCAGUGGCUCAGCACCAACCUGGACGGCCUCGUCUUCAUGCUGUGGGGAGCGUAUGCUCAGAAGAAAGGAGCCGCUAUAGACAGGAAACGCCACCACGUCCUGAAGGCUGUGCAUCCGUCUCCCUUAUCCGCUCAUCGAGGAUUUUUUGGCUGCAAGCAUUUCUCCAAGGCCAACGAGCUGCUGAAGCAAUCGGGAAAGUCUCCUGUAGACUGGACAUCACUUUAAGUGGUCAUUCAUCUCAAGUUCUCCAAAACAUGUAUUAUUGAACUAUGGACUAUAUCCUGCCCAUAAGCUUUAUCUGUUUCCUGUAUUUAGCAGUAGUUUAUGCAGAGAUUAAGGUUGCACUGUUACGUUUGUGCUGUACACUGAUCUUUGAUGAAAACGCUAUCACAAGAUGUUUAACACAUUUAAGUUACUAUCUGCACCUGUCGUUUUGAGCGUUGUAAAUAUUUGUUCUGUUUUUCUUUCAUGUCUUUUAAGCAAUGUAUUGGUUCUAUUAAAAUAGUCCUAAAAAGUUGAUCCUA